GAAUUCGUCGUAGUCAGAAAUGCCUAGGGAUCGGUUAAAGGAAUUACAAGAAAAAGCAACAGUUAACACUAUACAUGCAUAUAAUUAUGAUCCACCUGCACGAAAAUAUGACGUGGAAUCCCAACCUUUAAUAAAUCAAGAUGCUGACUUUGAAAUGUUCUUAGAAAGAUGUUCAAAUAUUCGCGGAGGAUUAAAAAGUCUCGAGGAAGACUACGACGCAGUCGUGCAACUCCACGGAGCACUUCUGUCCACGCCUGGUGCGGAUUCAGAAAACUCGAACAAAUUGAAAAGUCACAACCAGAUGUUUUUCUCAAAAGCGGAACAAAUCAAAAAUAGUUUGAAAAUUUUAUCGGAGGAAACCAGCAGAAUACCAACUACAGCGUGCGGAAUUAUGCGUGCGAAAAGUGAUCAAGUGAAAUCUAUUUACAAGACUUUCGAAAAUAUCAUGUUGAACUUUAAUCGAGAACAAGAUGAAUAUAAAGAGAAGGCAAAGAGGAAAAUUGUGGACUACCUAAAAAUUAGAAACAUGCAACUCAGCGAUGAAGAGAUUGAAAAUGCAGUAUCUUCUGGAAACCUUUCUGAAGUAACAAAAGGUGUGAUGUUGGCGCUAAACGAGAAAAAGGCCUUAUAUGAUGAAGUUAAAUCCCGAGCGGAUGAGCUGAAAAAUUUGGAACGUCAGAUGGGCGAACUGGCACAAAUGUUCCACGAUCUCCAUAUAAUGGUUGUCAGUCAGGCAAAGAUGGUGGACAGUAUUGUUAACAGUGUAGAAAAUGCCACGGAAUAUGCUAAACAAGCGCGUGGAAAUGUGGAAGAAGCCCGAAACUUGCAAAAACGAGCUCGAAAAAUGAAGGUGUGCAUCAUCAUUGGUUCAAUUAUAGCUGUUUUAAUUCUGAUUCUCUUUAUUCAAUCUGCCGUUUGCCACUUUACUCCUAUUUGUUAA